AUGGGCAAGCGUAAUCUCGAUGAGACAAUGAACGAUUCGGCCGUUUCGGAAACUGCCGGAGAUGCUCCAGCUCUUACCACCGAGAAAGACGAAUAUCAAGCACUCUGCGAACUGGUAAAUCCAAUUGCCCAACCACUAGCAAGUCGUAAGCUCGCUAAGAAGGUAUACAAGCUUAUCAAAAAGGCCGCCGCCGGAGAGAAGACCCUUCGUGAAGGAAUCAAGGAUGUGCAGAAGGAGUUGCGCAGAAACGAGAAGGGAAUCUGCAUUCUUGCAGGAAACGUUUCCCCUAUUGACGUCUAUUCGCACAUCCCAGCUAUCUGUGAGGAGAAAGAGAUUCCAUACGUAUACAUUCCAUCUCGUGAACAACUUGGACUUGCUGUCGGUCACCGUCGUCCAUCGAUCCUGAUCUUCAUCAAGCCUAACGGAGCAUUCCAAGAGCUCUAUGACGAGGUCGCCGAAACUCUUAACCAUCUCACCGUUGAAGCUGCCUAA